GAACUCCCCACCCCUAUCAAUGUCCGUACUAAUCUCUCCAGCUCUUCUCAAUGGUUCAUCGGCGCCGGCGCCGGAGACGGAGGAAGACGAGGAGUCGCUAACUCAUCCACUGCUUAACAGCCUCUCUCGAUCAACAUCGAACAACACUUCUCAGGUCGCUAUCGUCGGCUCCAGUGUCUCCCCUAUUGAAAGCCUCGACUACGAAAUCAUGGAGAAUGAUUAUUUCAAGCAAGAUUGGAGGCGUGGAGAGAAGAUUCAAAUAUUGCAGUACGUAUCCAUGAAAUGGAUGAUGUGCUUUUUCAUUGGAUUGCUUGUUGGCCUUGUUGGUUUCUGUAACAAUCUUGCUGUUGAGAACAUUGCUGGAAUGAAAUUUGUGGUGACUUCUGAUCUGAUGCGUGCGAGAAGGUAUACAACGGCUUUUCUUGUAUUUGCUUCUUCCAAUUUCGGACUGACAUUAUUUGCCGGUCUAAUUACGGCUUUUAUCGCACCAGAGGCUGCUGGUUCAGGUAUACCUGAAGUUAAGGCUUACUUGAAUGGCGUAGAUGCACCAGCAAUAUUUUCUCUGCGAACACUGUUUGUCAAGAUUGUUGGAAGCAUUUCUGCAGUAUCAGGAUCUCUGGUAAUCGGAAAAGCAGGCCCCAUGGUUCAUACUGGUGCUUGCAUUGCAGCACUAAUAAGUCAAGGCGGGUCACAGAAGUAUGGAUUAACUUGGAAAUGGCUGAAGUAUUUUAAAAAUGAUAGAGAUCGACGAGAUCUUGUAACAUGUGGAUCAGCUGCUGGGAUGGCUGCUGCUUUCCGAGCUCCUGUUGGCGGUCUGUUGUUUGCUCUCGAAGAAAUGGCAUCUUGGUGGAGAAGUGCUCUAUUGUGGAGAGCCUUUUUUACUACGGCUGUGGUUGCAAUUGUCCUUCGUGCUUUGAUUGAUGUUUGCUUAAGUGGGAAAUGUGGACUCUUUGGUAAAGGAGGUCUCAUAAUGUUCGAUGUCACGUCAGCUAACGUUGCAUAUCAGAUCUGGGAUGUGCCUCCUGUUCUUUUGCUAGCAGUUAUUGGAGGCAUAUGGGCAAGUUUGUACAACUUUUUACAGGAUAAGGUUCUGCGGAUUUAUAACAGAAUUAACGAGAGAAGAGCUGCUUACAAAAUAGUUCUGGCUCUUACAGUCUCCAUUUUUACAUCUUGUCUUCUUUUUGGAUUACCAUGGUUGGCACCUUGCCGCCCUUGCCCUUCAGAUACAUCAGAACCUUGCCCCACAAUUGGACGGAAUGGUAACUAUAAGAAGUUUCAGUGUCCUCCAGGUCACUACAAUGAUCUUGCCAGUUUAUUUUUUAACACGAAUGAUGAUGCCAUCAAGAACCUUUUCAGCAAGAACACUGAUGCCGAGUUUCACCCUUUCUCAAUGCUGAUUUUCUUUAUCACCUGUUUUUUCCUGAGCAUCUUUAGUUAUGGGAUAGUCGCACCUGCAGGUCUCUUUGUGCCUGUCAUUGUGACAGGUGCGGCUUAUGGUCGUUUUAUUGGGAUGAUGUUUGGUUCGCACUCAACUCUUAACCAUGGCCUAUUUGCUGUUUUAGGUUCAGCUUCCUUUCUUGGGGGUUCUAUGAGAAUGACAGUUUCCUUAUGCGUCAUUAUCCUAGAAUUGACUAAUGACCUCCUCUUGCUACCUCUAAUGAUGCUAGUUCUUCUUAUCUCCAAAACUGUAGCUGAUGCAUUUAAUAGGAAUAUAUAUGACCUCAUAAUGAGGGCGAAGGGUUUCCCUUACUUGGAACGUCAUGCUGAACCUUACUUAAGACAACUAUCAGUGAGUGAUGUGGUCACAGGUCCACUCCAGUUCUUUAAUGGCAUUGAGAAAGUUGGUAACAUAGUUCAUGUUCUCAAAACCACCGGGCAUAAUGGCUUUCCAGUGGUGGAUGAGCCCCCGCAUUCCGCAGCACCAGUUCUAUUUGGUUUGGUACUCCGUGCACAUCUGGUUACAUUGCUAAAGAAGAAAGCAUUUCUUCAAAAUCCUGUACCUGCUGGAGUUGACGCUUUUGAGCAGUUUUCAGCUGAUGAUUUUGCAAAGAAAGGUUUAGACCAUGGAGACAGAGUGGAAGAUAUACAACUGACAGAUGAAGAGAUAGAUAUGUUUAUAGAUCUGCAUCCUUUUUGUAACACUUCGCCUUUCACUGUUGUAGAGACUAUGUCCUUGGCGAAGGCUCUGAUGCUCUUCCGAGAAGUUGGUUUAAGGCACCUUCUGGUAAUACCCAAGGUUUCUGGGAGGAUACCUGUUGUGGGGAUAAUUACAAGGCAUGAUUUCAUGCCAGAGCAUGUGCUCAGCUUGCAUCCAUCCUUGGCUAAGAUCAAGUGGAAAAGAUUAAGAGUGAAAUUACCUCACGGGGUUAAAAUCAUUUAGAGACUACAUCGACGUUCUAAAAUUAGUCCUACUGAGGUAUGUGAAUAGAGCUGUGUACAACAUGACUGCAAUAUGCUAGGUAGUAAAGCUCAUUCUUCCCUAAUAUUUCUUGUCAA